CCAACUGAAAAUUUCUCUUACAAUAUGGAUACCCACAUAGUUUCGUCGAUCGACUCGUCCGAGUUCACUCACCUGACGCGCACCCUGUCUAAAUCCACAGUCAUCGGACUCGAUGCCGAAUGGAAGCCGGUUCGGUCCCAACGGUCCACUUUCCCCACAGUCACCCUCCUCCAACUCGCGUGUCAAAUCGGAGACGACUCUGCCGGAUGGGACGAGUCGGUUGUCUUCUUGCUGGAUCUCUCCUCUCUUCCUCUACCUUCGAUAUGGGAAUUGAUAAAGGACGUGCUUGUCUCACCAGAUAUUUUGAAAUUAGGGUUUAAGUUCAAGCAAGAUUUGAUUUAUUUGUCGUCCACUUUUCGUGCUCAAGGAGGCAAUCCUGGCUUUGAUCAAGUGGAGCCCUAUAUGGACAUCACAAACAUAUACAAGUUUUUGCAACAUAAACAAGGGAAGAAAAUAUCAAAGGAUACAAAGAGUUUGUCAGCAAUAUGUGAAGAAAUUUUGGGUCUUCAUCUUUCAAAGGAACUUCAAUGUAGUGAUUGGUCACAUCGUCCUCUUACAGAAGAGCAGAUAAGAUAUGCAGCUAAAGAUGCACACUGCUUGCUUGGAAUAUUCAAAAUCUUCCAGGCCAAGGUUAUCAAAGAAGGGCCUUUGUGUAAUCAUGUCAACGAACAACAUCAAUCUAAUGUUAGUUUAGGAUUGAAGGGUAUUCUUGAGAUGCCUGAUUGUGAGAAUAAACUUGUUGGGAGAAAAUUUUGCAAUGCACUGGAUAUUGUCCAAGCUACUGCUUCUUCUGAAGAAUGUGAAAGAAUAGCCAGGGGAGUGGAGGUCAUAAGAAAAACCAAGCCUAUGGAUGAAUCUCUCUGGAAGAUUGUAAGAAAAUAUGGUGAAAAACUUUUCUUGCGGGUAUCUGAUAGAAAUCCAAAAGCUUCCAGAAGGAAAGGAAAAAGACUGUCCUCAGUGGUUGUUUGUGAAGAAAAGCAGCUAGAGAAUUAUGGUGAUUGGCAAGGCCCCCCACCAUGGGAUAUUUCCUUGGGGGGUGAUGGAUGCCCUAAGUUUUUGUGUGACGUGAUGGUUGAAGGCUUGGCAAAACAUCUUCGUUGUGUUGGUGUAGAUGCUGCAGUUCCACAUUCCAGAAAACCAGAACCCAGGGAGCUAAUAGAUCAAGCAUACAAGGAGAAGAGGGUGCUUUUAACCCGAGAUGCCAAGCUAUUGAGACACCAGUAUCUGAUAAAGAAUCAAAUAUAUAGGGUGAAUAAUCUUCUGAAAAACGAACAGCUACUUGAGGUAAUUGAGGCUUUCCAAUUGAAAAUUAGUGAGGAUCAGCUGAUGUCGAGGUGCACAAAAUGCAAUGGGAGAUUUAUCCAAAAGCCGCUGACAGUAGAAGAGGCCAUUGAAGCUGCAAAGGGCUUCCAAAAAAUUCCGAACUGCUUGUUUGACAAGAAUUUAGAAUUUUGGCAAUGCAUGGACUGCAACCAACUUUAUUGGGAGAUUAAUGCUUCAAUGACAGUUAUGCCAAAUCCUUCAAAGUGUCAGGGAACCCAGUACCACAAUGCUGUUCAGAAGUUCAUCGAUGUCUGCCAAUUGAAGGAAUGAUUUGGAAUUUGGAUCUUGGAAAAACAAUACUAUCAUUUAUGAUAUAUCAGCAUAUAUUAUCAAGAUUUUUAUGUAAUACUUGAUAGUAUUAGAGUAAGUACAGGGAUUCAUUUAUAUUACUUAAAACAAGUAGUCUUUUUAAUAUUGUGUAUGAUUAAUAUUUUAACAAAAUUUUGGAUAUGAUGUUUUAUGAUAUCAAGUGAGAAUGGUUUUUU